AUGCAGUCGAAUUUUGGUCAAGGUGUAAUCAUUGGAGUACUUGACACAGGAAUCCUCCCUGGUCAUCCUUCAUUCAAUGACAAGGGAAUGUCACAUCCUCCUUCAAGGUGGAGAGGCAAAUGCGAGUUCAAAGGAUCAUACCACAACAACAAACUUAUUCGUGCAAGGUCAUUUGAUCUUGCAGCUAAGACAAAGAACGGGACAACAGGCUCACCUGUCGACGAAGAUGGACAUGGGACUCACACGUCAAGUAUAGCUGCUGGUAGCUUUGUUCAAAAUGCUGAAGCACUUGGAAAUGCAAAUGGAACUGCGAUUAAAAUGGCACCUCAUGCUCAUUUAGCAAUCAAUGCAGAAAGGGUAUUCGUCAGCUGUUCUGCUGGAAAUUCCGGUCCUUUCAAUGGUACAGUAUCUAACGAAGCCCCAUGGUAUCUUACGGUGGGUGCAAGCACGGUAGAUAGGAAAUUUGAUGUCUCCGCAAGGCUGGGAGAUGGCUUAGUACUUGAAGGCGAAUCCCUUUCAAGAGACUUCAAUCCAACAGUAGCAUGGCCUAUCAUUGAUGUUGCCAACAUCAACGAUCGGCUAAGUUCAUCAUUUUGUGGUGAGGGAGCUCUAAAUGGUACUGAUAUUAAAGGCAAAGUUGUCAUGUGCAUUAGAGGCGGUGGAGUUUCUAGAGUUAGCAAAGGCAUGAAAGUGAAAUCUGCAGCACCUGUUGUCGCUUCCUUCUCUUCAAGAAGGCCCAAAAUCGAAGCUGUGGGGAUUCUGAAACCAGACAUUAUUGGGCCAGGAGUGAGCAUUCUAGCUGCAUGGACAUUCCCUCUGGACAAGAAAACAAUCUCAAAAUCAACCUUCAAUGUUGUAUCUGGAACUUCAAUGUCAUGCCCUCAUCUAAGUGGUAUUGCAGCCUUGGUUAAAAGUUCUCAUCCUUCUUGGUCGUCAGCUGCAAUCAAAUCUGCCAUGAUGACUACUGCUGAUCUGCUUAACAUGGAAGGCAGGCCCGUUAUCGAUCAGAAUCUUCAACGAGUAGACCUCUUUGCCACUGGAGCAGGCCAUGUGAAUCCAACAAGAGCAAAUGACCCAGACUCGGCGCAGGUCCGGCAACCCACGUCGCUUCGUUUCGCGAUAUACUGGGAAGAGCUUCCACCAACAUAUGGUGCCGGGACGCCAACAUCAGCAGCCAGAAGGCCACUGACCACCACCGCAACCACCACGAUGACAUACAACACCCACCCGUUCCAGCUGCUGGAGAUCAACGUGAUCUCGGCGCAGGACCUGGCGCCCGUGUCGAAGUCAAUGAAGACGUACGCGGUGGUGUGGGUCCACCCGGAGCGCAAGCUGAGCACCAAGGUCGACCAAGGAGGCAACACCAACCCCCAAUGGAACGAGAAGUUCGUCUUCCGCGUCCACGAAACCUUCCUCAAUACUGACACCUCCUCCGUCAUGAUCGAGAUCUACGCCGCCGCCUUCUCCGCGACGUUCAGAUCGGCUCCGUCCGCGUACUCAUCAGCAACCUGUUCCCCUCUGGCAACCAUAACAACCACAACAACAACGCCAAGAUGCGUUGAUCGGGUUUGGGGAUUUGGAUGGAAAUUCGGGUGGUUGAUCGGCCAUCCAUUGCUGCCGUGGCGGUGGAGGAGAAAGAAUUUGGGGGUGUUAGAUAAUCAUCAUAAAUCCAGCGUGGUGGGUGUUAAUUAG